CCGCAGCUGCUUAUUUGUUUUCGGAUAGCCUCGUAGUGCGGAUCAGUUUAGUUCAGUGUUGGGGUUCCUCGAUUGAUUUGCGUGAUUAAGAAAAGAAGGCUUCAGGCGUAAGAACUGUGUCGGUCGUGCGCGUGUGCAUUGCGUUUCAAUAUCUGGUCCAGUGUCGACCAGUUGAAGAUCUUUGAACUAGUAAACCAGUACCUGAACGACAAUCAACCGAGGUCAAACCGAGAGCUGCGGAUCAUGAAGAAGGCAUUAUUACUGAUCCCGUUCGCGGGACUUGUGACGUUGGCAGCGGCCCAGUAUGGACCGCCUCCUCCCCGAAUCAACAUCCCAGGCGCCAUCCCGAUUCCAGUGGUUCGUGGCGUACCGAUCCGGGAAGAGCGAGUGCUUCCACCGCAGCCACAAGUGUUGCGAGUUCGCCGUCCAGGCCCAUCUCCCAAUCCCCGUCCCCUGAUCCCUCACAAUGCCAUCCCCGUUUCGACGCCUAAGUUCUUCGAACCGGAAGCUAAACCCGUUACCGAAGAGCACGAAGAACGCGAAAACUCCCAACCCUUCCUUCCGGUGUUCCAAAGUUCCCCCGCCCCUACCCAGCACUCAAUCCCUGCCGAUCUUGACGAGCGUGAAAUUCAACAGAACAUCCUUUCCCGCUUCAACUCACAGGACAAUCGGCCAGCAGCCGUUCCACGUGCCCAAAUCCCCGAGCGUUUCUUCUCGACCGACAAAGACAUUUCCUCCCCCGCCCAGCGCUUUGCCGUGAACGCCCCAGAACGUCCGGCAGCUCCCUCGCCAUCUCCCCAACCCAAACAGUACCGGCCUGCGGUGUCCCAGGUCAUAUCCCGGCCACAGCAACCGAUCCGGCAGCAGCACCAGUACGACGAUGAGCGUCCCAUUCACCGGCCCCAGUCCCAGCAUGAACGCGAUGAGGAUCGGCGCCGGAAGCCGGUGGCUCAGAUCCUGAGGAAGUGGCGCGAGGAACACGAUGAUGGGUCCAUCACCUGGGGCUUCGAAAACGAUGACGGCUCAUUCAAGGAGGAAACCAUUGGUAUCGACUGUGUUACCCGUGGUCGUUACGGCUAUGUCGAUCCAGAUGGCGAGAAACGCGAAUACAACUACGAAACCGGCAUCCAGUGCGACCCCAACAAGCGGGACGAAGAGGACGAGGAAGAGCUGGAGGAGGAGCUGUCCCACAAAAAUGCCGGCAAGCUGAAGCGACCCCAGCAGGGCCAACAGCAGCAAUACUAUAGGAACUAAUGUAGUAAUUUAAACGAGAAAAAUAAUAAACCAUCCCUUUCGAGAUUUUCCAACUCCUAACCGACGCAACGGGGAAUUUCCUUCUCCAAAAUUCGAGGUCACGAAAAAUUCGUUUGCGUAUUUGUCAUUAGGAUUGUGUAUUUAUUUUACAUUUACGACUUAAGAUUUCUAAUAAAAAAAAUGAGAAAAAGAAA